UGACCCCAUGAUCUUCACUAGUUUAAUCCCAAUCAACGAUGCCUUUAAACAUCCGAGCUAAGCCCGCCCAGAGCAAGUUAUCUGCCGCAUCAAAGACCGGGGGUCACAGCGAUGGAAGUCCUGCCUCACGCUUCGCUAGGUCUUCAAAGCACACCAAGUCUAAGGAGGGGACCAUCUCUACCCCAGGCUGCCGCUCAGGGCUGGAGCCGGGCUCGGUGUCUGGUGGGGGGCCUUCUCCGGCUGCUAAACCAGGUGCUAGGCCAGGGCCCUCGGCGAGGGCAGGGUCAAAACCCAAACCCAGAGGGGCAGCAGCAUCAGACGCAAGGAGAGCCUCCAAUUCGGCCACAGCCCCGGGUGGUAAAACCUUUUCCAUGGAGAACAUCCAGUCGGUCAGCGCUGCCUACGCGACAUCGGGCACCAUGUACCCCAGCGAUCAUGAUGCCCUGGACCCCUCAGGGAGUUACCCCAAAGGCACCAUGACUUUGGGCAGGAACACCGGUCGGGCCUCGUACUCCGGGCGCUCUACUGCGACAGGCAGCAGCCCCAACAUCACCUUCUCCGGGAUCCUUCCACCUUCAGACCCCUAUGGAAACCAGAACCAUCACCCGCAUCCAGGGGGCCCUAGUAGCCUGAGGGGCCCGCCGAGUAGACAUCAGCCAGCACAGGACUAUUUGGGGGACGGAGAAGGGUCCACCCUGGAUCUGCAGUCCCAGCUCCGAGAACUUCAAAAGGAGAACGAGCAGCUUAGGAGAGAGAUGGACGUUGGUAGAGAUGGGAGGAGGAAAUCCGGCACAGUGAACAGCGUCAACUUUUGGGGCCCUGAGAUGAAGAGAGACAGGGGGGUUAGGCGGGAGGAAGGUGUGAGGAACUUGAUGCCCAAGGACCAGUACCGAGAUAACCAAGAGGACUGGCAGCCUGGGGAACCCAGAAGAAGCAAGCAGCUACCGUUAACAGUGCAGGAGCUGCAGGAGGAGCUGCGUGCUCACAGGGAGAUGAACAGCCGGUUGCAACAACAACAACAACAACAACAACAGCACCAUCAACAGCAGCCACAACAACAACAGCAACAGCAUCCACAGAGCAACUGCUACAGAGACUUCCAGGCGGAACAGGAACCCAGAGGAGCCUCCAGCCCAGGCCACAGCCCCAGACAGAGUUCCGGCCUGGGCUCCAUCUCUCUCCUCAGCCCCCUCCCUGGACACAGCCCCCGAGCCCACAGCCCCCGGUCCAACAGCCCCCGGGCCCACAGUCCGUCCAACACCUACAACCCCAGAACCCAGCAGCAGAAGCAGCAAGCAGACAUCAUCAUCCACAGCCCCGGGUCCUGCCUUCCCGAUCCGGAGGGACCCAUGCAGGGCACCCAGAACCACAGCCUACGUCGCGGGCAGAGCAGCGGCCACGGCCAGCACACACACUACGACGGGGGCGGCUGUCCGGCCCCGGGACGGCGCCCCAGCAGCUGCGGUGGCGGCGACGGUGGCGGCGGCACCCCGCAGAGGCCGCUGCCCCCCCGCAGCCCCUGUGUGGUGCCGGGCUGCGACGGCUUCGGCUCGCCGCCCCCGCUGGAACCCGCCACGGCCGCGGCCGAGGAGGGCUUCCAGCGGCUGCAGACGGAGCACGAGCGCAAGGCCAAGGAGCUGUCGCUGCUGAGGAGGACCAUGGAGGAGAUGGAGGUGCGGAUCGAGGUGCAGAAGAACACGCUGGGCGCGCGGGACGAGAGCAUCCAGAGGCUGCUGGAGAUGCUGCAGGGCCAAGGGGGCCAAGGGGGCCAAGGGGGCCAAGGGGGCCGGGCGCCCCAGCCUGGGAUCAUCACCAUGGCAACGCAAGAAGCCCAGUCCCAUAUCGAGAACCUGCACGUCAGAGAGACCACCAAUACCCCUUUCUGUUUUGAUCCUGAUGUUAUCUGGCAGGGCACCAAGAUCUCGUCACUGGAGAGGAACAUCCGUGACCUGGAGGAUGAGGUGCAGAUGCUGAAGACGGGCGGCACGAUGCACCCCGACGACAGGCAUGACGACCUCAAGCAGGUGGAGGUCUACAAGAGUCACUCCAAAUUCAUGAAGAGCAAGAUUGACCAGCUGAAGCAGGAGUUAAACAAGAAGGAGUCUGAGAUGCAGGCGGUGCAGACCAAGUUGGAGACGCUGACCAAUCAGAACUCAGACUCCAAGCAGCACAUCGACGUGCUCAAGGAGUCGCUGAACGCCAAGGAGCAGCGGUCCAACACACUGCAGACCGAGGUGGAUGCCCUGCGGGUGCGUCUGGAGGAGAAGGAGCAAGUGCUGACCAAGAAGAGCAAGCAGCAUCAGGACCUGUCGGACGAGAAGAGCACUCUGGCCGGGGAGAUCCGGGACAUGAAGGACAUGCUGGAGGUCAAGGAGAGGAAGGUGUCCGUGCUGCAGAAGAAGAUUGAGAACCUGCUGGAGCAGUUGAAGGAUAAGGACAAGCAGCUGGCGGGGCUGCGGGAGCGGGUCAAGGGACUGCAGACGGACUCCAGCAACACGGACACGGCCUUGGCCACGCUGGAGGAGGCCCUGUCUGAAAAGGAGCGUGUGAUCCAGGCCCUUCGGGAGCAGCGGGACCGGGAGGAGCGUGCUCGGCUGGAGGACGUGGAGCUCUUGAGGAGGGAGAACCGGGAGCUGAAGGAGCGGGUGUUCGCCAUGCAGCCCCAGAACCUGACCCAGGGCCCGGCCGCCGCCCCAAGCCAGACCCCUGUUCAGAGGCCCGAAGCGGAGGCUCUGAUAAAGGCGGAGGGGACGCCGCAGGUAGUGGACCUCAAGAUUGCAGAUGACCCAAACAGGACGUGCCCGGACAUCGCGGACCGCCUGCGUCUCCUGGAGCAGGAAGUGGCCCGCUACCGAGAGGCGUCGGGCCAGUCCAAGGCCGAGGUGGAGAGGCUCAUGGGAGCUCUGCAGGACGCCGAGGGGGACAGAUCCAACAGGGACAGGAAGAUCUCCGAACUGGAGAGACCUGGUCAAAUCAAUUCACCAAACGUCCAAAAGCAGAUGAUGACGAGUGAGAUGAAGACAGAUGGACUGACAGACGGUCAUCCACACUCGCUAUCCCAGCUCCCCCCCUCGGUUUCCCAGAAUGCCAUGCGGGAGACGGCGGAGCGGAUCAGGGAACUAGAGCUUGAGCUGAGGGAGAGCAUGAACACCUCCGCCCACAAGGAGGCGCUGUGGGCACAGGAGGAGGAAGCCCGUGCCCAGGCCCAGAUGGAGUUGGAGGAGCUGAUGGGGGCGCUGGAGAAGACGCGGCGGGACCUGGACGCCACCAAGGUGCGCCUGUCGUCCACGCAGCAGACCCUGCACGAGAGGGACGACCACCUGCACGUCAUGCGGCAGGAGCGACGCAAGCAGCUGGAGGAGAUCCUGGAGAUGAAGCAGCAGGCGUUGGUGGCGGCCAUCAGCGAGAAGGACGCUAACAUCGCGCUGCUGGAGCUGUCGUCCAACAAGAGGAAGAAGGCCCAGGAGGAGGUGAUGGCGCUCAAGAGGGAGAAGGACAGGCUCAUGCACCAGCUCAAACAGCAGACUCAGAGUCGGAUGAAGCUGAUUUCGGAAAACUACGAGGAAGACCACCACCACCCCCAACACCACCCUCACCAGCACCAUCAACAUCACCCCCACCAGGCGCAUCAGCACCACCGGAGUCUCCCCAGGGGCCCGCCCCAUGCCAACCACCGGCCCCCCGUGGACCAGGACGACGAGGAAGGAAUCUGGGCAUGA